AAAUGAAGUAAACACAAAACGUGUUACGGACUACGGUGUGGGGUGUACCUUACUUAGUCAUUUGCUUUGAGUGCUCGCUUAUGGUGCGCUCAGUUGGUUGCCUCUAAAAAUAUCUCCGAACUCCGUAUACGUAAAAACUACUUCAGUUUUCAAUGACACUAAGCAUGUAACAGCUUUAUAUGUGACAAUACAUUUUUUUAAAGACAAGUGUUUAAAGCAAUUCUAUUACAACUUUGAGUACUUUGAGAUUAACUUUACAUUGUUUAUUCAAAGUUUAUUUUGUUGUGAAUUCGCGGUAUUCCUGUCGUGUGUCGCUAUUGUUUGUGAAUGUAUAUGCAAUUGAUGGUAUAGCUUUGCAAGGAUGUUGUUAUAACCAUCCUUGUGUUUCUAGGAAAACUAUUUCAUAUUUCAUGGGAUUAAACAACCGAUUUCCAGUGUCUGUGUGAUGGUGCGGGUGCACACAGUGCUGCUGGUGGUAGCACUGUGCCACGUCGCCACCACACUCGACUCGGAGCUCGGCGUCGGCAAGGCGAUUAACAUAUUUAUGAGAUAUGGUUACCUCAGUAUUUGCAUGCGAGUGGUGCCCCGCAACGAUACAGAGGGCUGGGUGUUCAGGGAGCCCACCGUUAGCGUCUUUCGCAACGUGGAUAAGUUCUUUGUGGAGCAGAAGCCGCGCCAAGCGAAGACCAUCUUCGACGGUGACUUCCAUAUGGAGUUCUGCGAUAACCUGAAGCAACUACUUCAGGCAUACUUCAGGGAUUUCACGUUUGAAAGGUUAGAGCGUCCAUGGCGAGCAUUCACGGCGGGCUGGCCCACAGACAUCAUGGCGCGGAACUUGGGCAUCAACUCGUCCUUCAUCAACGGUGACCACAGUUACGUGCUCGUCAGGGUCUCCAGAUUCCGUGAAAAAGCCAAGCUGAGCGAUCUUCCGUCUACUAUAGAUGUGGAAGAUGUUGUCUUUGACGCGAUUAAAGAUUCGCCUAUAGGCGACACCGUGUCCAUCGCAGACUUCAUUAGGAAAUACGGAUCUCACUAUAUUGCCUCGUAUGUGACGGGUAAUUCUUUGUAUCAGGUGUUUGUGUUCUCUAGAACCGCAUACUCUAUGAUCAAAGAGAGACUAAAAAGCAAAGGCGUUGCUGAUAUAACUGCCAAGGAGUUGGAAGGAUAUUUUUCACCUUGGCACGCUAAACAUAUCGGCCAAAUAAAGGUCGCCAGCGGCAACAAAACAGUAGAGAACUGGGCAAUGAAGCGUUUAAAAGUCCAUUACUACAUCUUCUCGUACCCGAGCCUCCUCAAACUUCACGGAGAGCCAAAUCUGCUACGAAGCCUCGAUACUUUAUUAGAAAAUGAAGCCUUAUUACAACUAAAUUUAAAGACAUUAUCGCCUGCUUUUAAGGAUGUUAAGAAGAAGAAAUGGUUCGAAGAAGUCAUAGAUAAUUAUUUAAAACUAUGGGAGAGCAAUAUGUAGUUUGAGAAAUACAAAAUUGUAGGAUAAAUAAACUAGCGUAAUUACAGUCAAUUAAGAGUAAAAUCUUCCUAUUGCCAACAAAUCCAUAUUAAGGUAUACAAAAUUAAUUGUAUAGGUAUAAGUAAUUAUUGAUUAUUUAAAUGUUUUAUAAUUAGUUAUCUACUUAUUUUAAAUUAAUAUUUUCGAAUCUAAUUGAUUAGAAUUUCAUAUUUCGAAUUUAGAAUUAAUGUUUAACAAAAUAUGUUGCCAGCAAUAUAUGACUUCUGCAAUUUACCUAAUAUUCUAGGCACGUAAAAGUAUUAUUUGGUAAUUGCAAAUAUAAAAAAAAAACUAUGUUGAUAUAAGUAUGAAAAAGUAUACGUAUAAACUUUAGAAUUUAGUUUUAAGUACAAUUGAAAUAUUAAAAAAAAAUGUACAACUCUGCAGCUAGACUGUGAUGACUACGGUGAUGGUAUAAUGGUCAAUAUGGGUCCUUUACUAUUUGCAAAUUAAUAUACAUUUCACAAAGUAAUAUUAGAAAACAAAAUGUGAUCAUAGUUAAGUAUUAGCGAAAACAAACUACUUAUAUAUCUAGGUUUAAAUAGAUAAAUGAAUAUUUUUGUAAAUAGUAAUAAAUAAAAUAAAAAGUGCCUUAAACUAAUAUUUUUAAAUAAUAUAAUAAUAUUUUUCUAAAUUUUAAUAGUAAUGGUAGAUCAAUAAGUAUUUUACAAAUUCAGGAUAUUUUCCAUUGUUACGCCCCGUUUCCAAAAACAUUGUAAUUUAUGAUAUAUCGUUGUUACGAUUAUAGUGACAUAUACAAGCAAAAUCAAUGCAUACAUGUAUAAAAGUUGUUAUAAACGACGUAAAUUUAUAAGUGAGUGUUUUACCACUGUAAUAUAAUUUUCCCAAAAAAAAAACCAUGUUUGAAAAGAGAAAAAAAGUUAUAAUAUUGCUUCCCAUACUAACUUGACAACUGCACGCACACUAUUAGUACGGGAGACUUAAAACUUUUUGUCUUAUAUAUUUAAUGUUUCUUUGGAAAAAAUAAUCAUGCUCAUUGGAAAAAUAAUCCCAUAGUCUGCUUUAAUAUGACUUAAUGAAAUAGUAACCAACCUUUUCUCCACAAUUGCAGUAUCCGCCUUUUCUUUUCUCCUGUAAAUUUUUCAUUAUUUUUUUACUAAUUUCCUUUACUCACUCCAAAGUACUUCUCUUUUUCUCUUCUCGCUUCUUUCCUCUACAUUUCUAUUUUGAUGUCAGAUAUUACGAAAAAUGCAUUCGCAAGAGAAGUAUACGACAGGUUAACGGCCGGUAAUAAAAGUUUAAAGCCAAAAUCUUGAAUGACAUUAAUAAAAACAUAUUACGCCGACUUCAUAUAAUUGCGAUAAGGUAAUAAAACAUUAAUCUAUUAUUUUAUUAAUUUUUUAAUUCAUUCUUUCUUUCAUAUAAGGACGAGAGGUUUAUGAUGGUAAAAUAGUAACCAAGUUUUAUUGAAAAUACCACAGAAACACUCUCUAUAUGAAAUUAGUAAUAAAUCAUAACAUUUAACCAAUUAUUCGACUUUUUUAUUUAUACUAUUAACCAUCAAGCAGACUGUCUUAUGGUCGGAAUUUCAUUAAGUCUUCUAGAAAUAGACUAAAAUAAUUACGAUUUCUGCUGUAUAUGAUAGAAACGGAGUGUUCACCCCCUCCCCCUCCCAAAUAAAUCUAUUCGGUUGCUAAUUAAUUGCUUUUUUCUAUUAAUUUAAAAUUGAAUGUCACAUUAAUACAUAUUUGAUUACCAGAAUUUUUGUAUUAGGGGCUUUUGUAUAAGAUCUAUUUUAAUUAAUAAUAAUUAUAAAUUAAUAUAUGUAUAUUUGAUCCCAUUAAUAUAUUUUUACUAGUAUUUAUUAAUAAUCUAAUAAAUUUGUUCAAUAUUUUAUGUAAUGUUCUGUAUUAAAAUCAUUUUAAAACUUAUGCUCACGCAUUUAGGAUUGCUAAACGCCCUAAACGCCUAAAAAUAUAAAUACAGACAGUAUUUAUAUUUUUAGUUAGUUAUUACUAUACUUAAACUCGUAUUUUUCAUACUGGUAACCCUUCAGGAAAAGGGCAGAUGGCAAUCCUACAUAUUUUAAUAAUAAUUAGGGUUUUUUUUUUUAAAUAAAUGUGCAAUAUUAGUCAUUGAUUUAUAUUUACAAAUACAACAAGGGAUCAAUAUCAGAAUGCAUUUACAUUGAUGUAAAUAUUUUUCGAAACAUUUAUACGAAUAAGUGAAAAUACAAAAUAAAUAUUUUACGACUGA